UCGAAAACAACUUCUUAUUAGUGUGUACGUAACGAGUUUAGCAGGCUUUGUUUUUAAAAACAAACGUUAACUCGUCUUUGAAAACAAUAAAAUGGCACUGUUAACCAAGUCAGAUUUUUAGUGCUCUCAAAUGGUGUAAUUCAAAAUAUUUGGAAAAGUCCUACAAAAGCAAGUGGAAUCACGAUGUAACAUCCACCAGAAUUCUCCCAUCCCAAAACCUUGACGCCGGUUGGCCACUGUUUCAACGUCUUGAUGAAAUCAUUCACCUUGUUCGUCGCCACCUUCACCAUGAUUUGGAGGGAAAAAUCUAAAUAUUUCAAUAUGGAUGCAGCAAAUGUAGUCGGUGUCACCGCAGCUCAUUUGUUGAUAGGAAUUCAAAAGUGUCUGAUACCGUCACUAAAAUUAGAAUAUUUCUUCCCACAUAAAAAGUUCCAACAGAUUCGCUGAAAGCCGUGCCAAGCUUCAUGUUUCUGUAUUAAUUAGAGUUGCUGUUAAACAAAAAACCACCUUUGUUACAUUUUCCAGCUUUGAUCUUGGAAAAAUUUAAGUCAAUAUUGAAAACGCUGGCCGAGUUUUUGUGAAAAACAGAAAGAAAAUUGAUUAGUACACUUGAUGUAAUGUUCAGCUGUAAAGUGGAAUACAUCCAUUAGCAUGAAUUACCUCCAGGUGUCCGCGGAUUUACCACUGGUAGAGAUUUAUUUAGAGUAUAUAAGAAAAUCUAAUGAAAAGUAGGGCGAAAGCGCGGAAAAUUUGGUAUAUGUUGUAGGGGCUUUAAUUAAAAACUUCUGUACACCUACAUACGUCUUCAUAAAGAUGCUUGUAGUAGGUAAAAAUUUAGAGGAAGUACUAGUGAUAACAGCAACUGUCUGUGUCCAAACCACCCUUCGAGGAAAAAUCUAUAAAAGGACCAGCUUCUGUCCAAACGGUCUUAGUUAUAAACCGAAUUUUGCAAACGCGGUGUCCGUUUAGUCGUUUCAAAAUGUACAAAGUUUUCUUUCUUUUAAUUUUGUUAUCGUUUUGGGACGUGUUUUCCGCUGAUGUGGUGACAAUGUCAUCGACUUCCAUGGAACCUCAUCCCGUAUAUAAACCGCAGGACGCAUCAAACGCGUACGUACCGCACAGGACAUACCAAGAUGUGGGAUUACAAAACGACCCUUAUCCCUCGUAUCCGUCAUAUGAAGACUAUACGUCGUAUCCACCAGUAUCCACUGUAGCUGCUAUACAGUUGUUGUUCCAGAGGCCACUUGGAGCCAUUUUGACUUUUUUGUCGAAAGUGGGGUUCUUUCUCAUCGGCGGCGUUGCUCUUUUCGUGGUUGGAGGAAUUUUCGUCACCGCAAUUUGCUCCCUCACUUCACUUUGUACAAUAUCCUUUGCACCCUUCGCAAGCAUGGAUAAGGACACAAUGAUGCGGGCCUUUAUGACACCUGAGAAGCUUGCAACAGCGGCGGCCAUAGUUCAAGACGCCAUUGGAAAAUACCAGCGGUUGCAGAAAACCAAAAAUGAUUAAAUUAAUAAAAAAUGCAAAUAAAUAUUUAUCUUAAAUAUA